AUGGCAAAGGGGCCAUUGGAGACCAAGCUCAAAUUUGAGAAAAAGAACAAAGAUCUUAUCAGACUACCAAAACAUGCCAAGAUAGAAAAGCGCCCUAUACCUCAUGCACCAGUCGCCUCCCCGUAUGCCGGUGCCUCAGUGCCCAAGAUUGUCUAUGUUUCUAAGACGACGCCGUUCAUGAGCGCCGUCAAGCGUGUCCAGAAAAUCCUCCUGCAGGCCGAGAAGCGUGCUACUGCAAAUAUCAACCUUGAGGACACGCGCAAGAGCGAGAAGCAGAUACUCGAGGAGCUGUCAAAGGUGUCAGAGAAGCGAGAGGAAGUCUUUGUGAAGGCGACAGGACGAGCUAUUGAGAAGGCGCUAAACGUCGCUAAAUGGUUUGAAGAAAAAGGAACCGAGUACACAGUCCGUGUAAAUACCGGGAGUGUGGUUGUCGUGGAUGAUAUCGUUGAGGAUGAAGAAAUGAAAGCGAAAGAGGAACAGAAACGACAACGGCAGGAAGAGCAAACCCCAACUGACCAGGGAGAUUCGGCUUCUAAGCCGGAAUCCAAGUCGGCUGCAAAGAAGAGGAAACUUCAGGCUGCCGCAGCGGAAGAUGACGCCGAGCUCCCUGAGAGCCGGACUAGAUGGAUCAAAAUGGUUGAGGUCGCCGUCAGCCUCAAGUGA